CGCAAAAAUUUUGAUGUUUUGUUGAAAUAUCAUGUUUAUAUUGGAAUAUCAUUGAAUAUAUUGUCGCUCGUAGUAUUUAAAACGGUAAAUAAUUUAUAUAAGAGUGUGGUAAAUAUACACAUUCGCCGUGGAUCCCAACAUUAGCGUGGAAAUGUGCACCGGGGAGGCGUGGCGGGGUGCGGGGGUGGCGCGCUCGCCCUCCCAUGAAUCGGUGACCACUGAGUUGUCCCUGUUUAGUGUAUCUUCAGCUGCUUCAGAUGCUCGGGUACUCCGAUUACUAGCCUGUAAAGCUGGACAAGGACCUGAUCCGAGUUUGAGGGUGGCCAGUCCUAAUCCUGAGGGAAAAUUGAAACGCGGCUCGGGCGCGCUGCAGGCGGGUGAUGCGUGUCGCGAGCUGCUGGCUGGCUGCGCCGCGCUGUGCGCUCAGCUCGGGCUGCGGCGCUCCUUCAGCGCCGGCGACGUGGCUGCGCCCGCAACCUUCGCCCCUGUGCGCAGUGCUACGUCGGAAGUGGGUCUAUGCGCAGCUCUGGAAGCGAUGACGCUGUCUGCGGCGUCCCGCUCGUGCAGCACCUGGGUGGCUGUAGGAGGCUCGCAGUUACCAUCGCCGCAGAGGUCACAUCCGGUUCAGCCUCCGCAUAGAUCUCUACCCAGCGAUAAUAAGAAGGUCCGUCAGAACUACAUCAAACGUCGUUUGCUGACCACAUACCGAGCUCUGGAGAGGAUGUCCCAGUCGGAAUUCAAUCUGGACAAACUGGAGGCGGCUGCGUCGGUCGCUGUGUCGGGACCGGGCCCCACCACGCUGGCGGUGCCCACCAAACCUGCCAAGUUCGUGCAUCCAGAAGCGGCGAACCUGGCGCUGACGGCGGCCGACCUUGAGCGCGAGCGCGGCCGCCCGUUGUCCAAAUACGAGCGGAACAUGAUCAUCUUCAACUGGCUCCACACCCUGGACGAGGCGGCACCCUUCUAGAGCUUUACGAACUGAUUGGCGCGUGUGGUACUAAAUUAACUAAAAUUGGUGAAUAUUUAUAUAUAUAAAGUUAUUACAACCACCAAAUGUAUUAAUUUUUUUAAAUUAUAUUAUUAGAAUCGGCGUUGCAAUCAAAUGAAAUCCGCUUAAUCUUUAUUAAAUUUAAUGUAAAGCAUGUUAACUGUCUAAUCUAGAUUCUUUACUUAAGAACCGGUCAGGAACUACGAUAGUUACUCAUUUUCUUUAAACAAUAAGAAUACUCAAUUAGAUAUAUAUAAGAGUUUUAUACAUAAUCAAACUAAUAUUCUUGGUGGUUGUAACAACUCUUAGCAAUAACCGACAAUUUCAAAUUCAUCUUCAAAUUUAAUUCAUUUAAGUGUCAGCUUAUUAUUUCUCAAACGUGUGAUUAUAUAACACAAUUAUAUACACUAGCAGCUUUGUAUGUCUAUAUGCUAUACCGAUGGGCUGGUGUAAUGGUGAAUAGCUUUGAGCUUGAACUGACCCGACCUUAUCCGAUACACAAUUUACAAAAUGAAGACUUUCUUGAUCAUUUGGUUACUUAGCCAGUAGUUCACCGUGUAUUGGCACUGGAUGGUGGUGCACUUCAUAAUGUUCCACUGGGCUAAGGCCUCCUCUCCAUUUUGAGGAAAAGGUUUCGGAUCUUAUUCCACCACACUGCUCCUACUAAGAUGUUAUGUCUGUUAUAUAUGCCUGUAAUUACACUGGCUCACUCACCCUUCAAACCGGAACACGACAAUAAUCAAGUACUGCUGUUUUACGGUAGAAUAUCUGACAAAGCCGUACCAUCAGAAAAACUCAUAUCCACAUUAAAUUUCAACUUCGUCGACAUUUAAUUAAUACGUCAUAACAAUUCAAGGUCCUUGUGUAUAUCUGUGCUCUUUCUGCCAUUGGUAUAUACUAUAUACAUAUCUCUCUCUCUCUCUUCACCAUAUUUUAGUUAUUUAUAACUAUCACGUCAUUAAUUACAAGUUUGUGUCGCUAUAUACGGUCCUAAUAUAUAAUUUGUAUAAUAUUCUUAGUACUAUAUGCAAUUGAUAUAUGUUAUUUUGGUUUUAAAUUAUCAUACAUAGAUUAACUUUAGAUAAAUAUUUUCAAUUUUAAACUUUCAAAUAUAUAUUAUAAAUAGAAGAAAGCUUGAAGUCGAACUAAUACUUUACUUAUUUGGAUUAAAUUGUACGUAAAGCUAACAACGGUUUGAAAUAUAGAUUCUACCAAGAAGAACAGAUAAGAAAAUAAAUGUGACAGCUAUUUCUAUAUAUACAAGCUACAUAUGUAUAAUUAAAUUUAGAUAUAUUUGUUUAUGUAUUAAUAAUGAAAAGCCGACGGAUGAACUUAUGUCAUAUUUAUAUCUAAAGCUUCUCAUAAUAGGUCUUUGCUCAACAAUGGGAUAAUUAUAAAAUAUCAUAUAUGUAUCGAUGACUAUUGAUAAUGUUUUUUUUUUUUAAAUAGGAAUCUUUUUGCGUCCGUGUGCAUACCUGCACAAUAGCUAUAGCUGAUAAGCUGCUAUUACACAUGAUUGAAUAUUUUUAAAAUGUUUCCUUCUGUCUCUAGUGAGGCUAUUUCCUCUAGGGGACCAUACUUAGAAUCCCUAUUUAGCUUCGCUUCUAUAAUGUCCGUAUAAAACCAAAAAUAAAUAUAUGUGAAAAAAAUGUACUUAUAUAUUUAUUAUAGAAUAUUAAUUGUUUAAGAAAUCUAUGAUCUCAUACAAAGCUUCUCGCUUGACACUUCCCAGAAAUGCUAUUUAUUUUAUAUUGCUAUUAUAACAUUACAUAAUACACGGUUAUAUAAUGUUUCACAAAAAACAUUUGACAAAUGAUAAUUAAAAAAAAAAAUUAACAAGAAACUCCACAUGAUAAAUAUAUUCAUUCUGCGAACAUGUUGUUUUAUAAAAUAUCAUUUGAGGGACACUCAAUUUGCAAUUGUGCUGAAUGUUAAAGUUUAUGUGGUCUAACUAAACUAAUAUUAGCAUUAUUACAUUACUUAUAAACGCUGCUUAGCAACUAUUUAGUUAAACGCUGAUUUCUCCCUUUCUAUCAAUAUUGGUUUGUAAUUUGAAAGAAGAAGACAGCGUUGUUUAACAAAUCAACGCUACACAAUGUUUAUGAGUAAGGCUGUUAGUCAAUAGUUGUCAAAUGAUAUUUUAUGUAAUAAAUAUUAAAUAAAUUAUAUUUGUCAAAUGAAUUAUUUAUAGAAUCGUUUGGUUUUUUUUUUUAUCAAAUGUUAGAUAGAUCCCUUAAAAUAAUAUAUUUAGUAUAGACAAUAAAUAUGUAUACUUUUAUUAUUUUUUUUAAGAAAAUUUUUGUUAUUUUAUGUAAUUAUUGAUAAAGCUGUAAUAUGUGUGUUCUCUUUUGCAAUUAUUUCAGAAGUGUGCCAAUUUCAUUAGUUUUGUUUGUGAAAACAUUAUCAAAAUCGGCAUAUCCUAUUUGUGUUUUAUGUCCAAAUGCAUGCACAAAUAUGUAAUAUCAUUCCUAUUGUAUAUAAUAUAAAUAGUUUGUAAGAGAUGUUUAACAAAUAUUUUUUGCAAAUGGUAAAUUAAUUCAUAAGAAUGUAACUUUUGUUUUUGAUUUGCACUAGUCAAGUUCCUAAUUAAACUAAUUUAUUUGAAUCUCAUUCGAACCGGGCUAUGUUAUUUAAAAAAAAACGAUUCGUUUAGCUUACGGAUGGUAAAAUUAUUUUAAUAACGAAUCAUUUCUUGAGCAUCGGGUCGUUGUUACAUCGGUUACCUGCAAGAAAUUAUUGAUUGCAAAAAUAAUAAAUACACCGUGUAAAUGUUUGUCGGUCUCAGUCGGUGAAGCGUGUGUGUGAAUAUGUGACACGACCACUACAUAUGCAACUAAUAUUAUUUAAAAAAACAUUAUUAAUCUUACGGAAUAAAUAUCUGAAAAUAGAUUUUUUAAAUAAAACGUGUGGUACUUUUAAAAUUUACAUUUGUAUAACAAUAAACUUCACCUAUUGGUAUAAUAGAUUAAAAAUUUUCAAUUUUUUUUUGUAUGCUACUUGAUAUUUGUGAAAUAAUCUGUGACAUGACAUACCGUUAGGCGCUCAAUGAAUUGGAAACAAGCUUGUCAUAAUAUUGUAAUUCGAUAAUAUAAGACAGAUUUAAGUAAUCAAAAGUUGAGUACAGCGGUGCUAUUCUGUAAGACAUCGUGACAUGCUGAAAGACUGUGUUUCGCCAUUUUAAUUAGUGUCUCAUUUGUGUGAUAUAUAUAUUAUAAUAAAAAUCGCAUAUCUCUGAAAUUUCUGGAUGUUCUUACAGAAUAGCUAAGCUAAAAGUGUUCUUGCAGUGAGCCAAUGUAAUGAUAUGAGUUUUAUCAUUUUUUGUCUAUCCAAUUAUUAUAUUAAGGCAAUACAGUAUUCUCUUAUAAGCUAUUGUACAAUUAAUUCCUUGGAGGUGAAGUGUUACAUAUGAAAUAAAUGUUAUGUGAAUGAA